AGGACUGUUCCUAAAACGCUUCUCGUCAUGGAAGAGUCGAGUGACAAGCAAGAAGAACAUACGGAAGAGUGCACGUUGGAAUCGAAAACGGAAGAAGGAAACGAACCACCUUUAGAUAAUUCUGUAGAUCAUUCAGAAAGAAGUGGCAAGGAGGAAGAACCGGUGGAGCAUUUAGAAAAGAGAAGAACAUUGUCGUUGAAUCAAGAUGAACAUUUAAGCCCCUCGAAGACGAAAGUGAAGCGUAAAUUGAGAUCGACCCGUAGGAAACUGAACGCGAUGAUUCACAACUCGUCGUUGCACUUUUCCGAUACCGAUUCCGAGGGAGAAUUGACGACGAUUAAUUACCAAGGUAGAUCGUUAAAUUGUACGGUAGAAGAUCCACAAAGACCUACGAUAUCUGUAACGUUAGAUAACGCGGAUGGUAAGGAGGAACAAGAGGAACAGGGAAAUUAUUUAUCGGCCGAUUGUAAAGAAGAGUCUAGGCGAAACAGUUUUGUCGAUAACUUAACCGACGUCGACGAAAUUUAUCCGAGUGACCCGGAGAGCGAGCAAAAAGAAAGUCAAAAUGUUUUAAAGGUUCCUGAAAGUCCUUGUCAAGGUGAAACGGACUUCGAAGACGUCGAAGAUGAGGAGGAAAUAAACUCUCCGAUUUACGUGAAACCUAGAUCAGAUAUAUUUUGCGAGUACAGCGGAGAAACGAUAACGACUAAAGAAGGCGACGGGCCAUUUUCCGUGGAAGUUCGAAAUAAAAUGUAUAAAGAAGAUAUUUCUCGAAGCGAGUCGUGUUGCGCUAUGCCAGACAUAGUUGUUCUGUCCAACACCGACGAAGAAGACAUGGAAGUAUCUGACGACGAGGACGUACAAGAAGCUUGUUGUAGUCAGAAAGAAUUAUUCGAGGAUCUAGAAGCUCUCGCGGGAUCGCAAGUUUUCAUGAAAAAUAUUAAUAAAAUGGAUACCUUGUUAUACGUAAAAGAUACUAGCGACGAUAUAAUUAGCGAUUGUCAUACCGAUAUCGAAGACGUUGAUCCAAACGAAUAAAAUAAUUUAAAGCAAAUACACGGUAAGGAUAUAAAUUUACAAAAGUACAAAUUCUUUAGGUAUGAGAAUAUUUAUUAGCUUUUGCUUGUCCAAGCACAUACUGGAUAUUGGGUAUUAUAUCUUACUAUAUUUAUAUAACAAUGUCAUUUAAAUUAUCUAACAUUAUAUGGAAUAUAGAUAUUCCAUAAAUAGGAAUUGAGCGAAGAAAUUCGAGUAUUAACGAUUUAAAAAAUGAACAAAUCUUCGUUUUACUGUUACCGCUUAGUAUUAACUUACUUGUCUAUACUUAUACUUGCAGACAGAACUGCCGUCCUCGACCUUAUCAUACACAACCGUAUGGGAUAUUAAUUUUAAGUGUCGAAGAAUAUCUAAAAAAAAA